AUGGGUAAUGGCGAUAACAGUCACGUAUAUGGAUAUGUAGCACAUGGUUGGGAGAGUAUACGUUCUGCUUUCAAGCAAAAUUUAGUCGAUGGACUUGAUAUCGGUGCAAGUUUAUGCAUCUAUUAUCGUGAAGAAUGUGUUAUUGAUUUAUAUGGCGGUUGGAAAGAUACACAAACAAAAAAAGAACCUUAUACGUCAGAUACAUUACAAUUAGUGUUUUCAACUUCCAAAGGAAUAUUAGCUGCAGCUAUAGCAUUAUGUGUAGAAAGGGAUUGGCUUGAUUAUGAUGCACGUGUUUCAGAAUGUUGGCCAGAAUUUGCUUGUAAUGGAAAAGAGAAUAUUACACUUUGUGAUCUAUUGGCGCAUCGAGCUGGUCUACCUUUUAUAGAUGAACAACUUACAGUUGAAGAUACUUAUAACUGGUCUAGAAUGACGUCAUUAUUAGCUACACAAAAACCUCAUUGGACACCUGGAACAGCUCAUGGAUAUCAUGGUCAUACAAUAGGAUAUGCUGGUGGUGAAUUAGUUCGUCGUGCUGAUCCUCAUCAUCGUACGUAUGGUCAAUUUGUCCGUGAUGAAUUAGAUAGUGAAUUUUAUGUGGGUAUACCUAAUGAUGAAGUUGAAGCACGUAUUUCUCCUGUCACUCGUAAACAAGUUGAUACAAGUAAUGCACGUCUAAUAGAUUCACAAACUGAGAAAUCAUUAUCAUGUAGUGGUGCUUUUCCUUUGGGAAGAUCAUUAAUGAUAUUUAAUGGAACUCGACUUCAUCAAGCGGAAAUGCCUUCUGUGAAUGGAAUUACAAAUGCUCGAUCUUUAGCUCGUAUUUAUUCUUUACUUAUCGGCGAUAUCAAUGAAAAUGGGAAGAAACAAAAGCGUCUUUUAAGUGAAAAAACUCUCAUAGAAGCAACUAAGAAUAUAACUCCAACAGGCGAACCUGAUCAAAAUUGGUAUAAUAUGCCAACAACUUUUGGAAAGGGUGGAUUUCAAUUAUAUAAUGAUUAUUUUAAUGUAUUUGGCGAUGGUGUCUUUGGUCAUUCUGGUUAUGGUGGUAGUUGUGCGUUUGCAUUUCCUCCACAUCAAUUGGCUUAUGCAUAUGUUUGCAAUCAACUUGAUCCUGUUGCUUUUACUAUCGAUCCACGCAGUGUUCGUGUUAUUCAAGCAAUUGAAAAUAUUCUCAUUGGUGAAAACAAAUAA